AUGAACAAAUCAGUGGGAUAUUUUGAGAUGAAUAGGAUAAUUUUCAGAAUUUCAGAAUCUCAGAAUCUCAGAAUCUCAGAAUCUCAGAAUCUCAGAAUCUCAGAAUCUCAGAAUCUCAGAAUCUCAGAAUCUCAGAAUCUCAGAAUCUCAGAAUCUCAGAAUCUCAGAAUCUCAGAAUCUCAGAUUUUUGAAAUUUCAGACUUUUAUAAAUCUCAGAAUCUCAGAAUCUCAGAAUCUCAGAAUCUCAGAAUCUCAGAAUCUCAGAAUCUCAGAAUCUCAGAAUCUCAGAAUCUCAGAAUCUCAGAAUCUCAGAAUCUCAGAAUCUCAGAAUCUCAGAAUCUCAGAAUCUCAGAAUCUCAGAAUCUCAGAAUCUCAGAAUCUCAGAAUCUCAGAAUCUCAGAAUCUCAGAAUCUCAGAAUCUCAGAAUCUCAGAAUCUCAGAAUCUCAGAAUCUCAGAAUCUCAGAAUCUCAGAAUCUCAGAAUCUCAGAAUCUCAGAAUCUCAGAAUCUCAGAAUCUCAGAAUCUCAGAAUCUCAGAAUCUCAGAAUCUCAGAAUCUCAGAAUCUCAGAAUCUCAGAAUCUCAGAAUCUCAGAAUCUCAGAAUCUCAGAAUCUCAGAAUCUCAGAAUCUCAGAAUCUCAGAAUCUCAGAAUCUCAGAAUCUCAGAAUCUCAGAAUCUCAGAAUCUCAGAAUCUCAGAAUCUCAGAAUCUCAGAUUUUUGA